UCAACUUUUUGAAUUCGUUUGGAUUCAAAUUGAUUUUAACUAAUGAAAAGUAACUUAGCGCGAAUUUAAUGUCAAUCGAUUAGGACCAAGUGUAAUUGUUACAGUAUGGAAUCACGUUGACAAUAAUUAUUAUUAUAUAACUACUAGUCAAAAUCGCCUUUCUAAUUCAAACGUCAAGGUUCAUCCACAUUCCACGCUAUCUUAGUUGUGAUAAUGAAUUUGCGAAGUCGAUCGUGUUUAUAAAAGUAACAUAGUUCGUGUUUUAUGUUAUUGAUAACGUAUCAGUAAAAAAACGCUGUAGAAAUGUCUACUGUAGUAGAUGAUAUUUGUGAACUUUUGGACAGUUACAAUGGAAGGGACAAGGUUGUCCGUCUCGCAUGUUAUACUUUUAAAUUGUAUGGUUGCCUAAUAGGAGAAAAGCCAUGGCAGGCAGCUGGCUCACGACUUUCCAAUGCAAGAAUGAUGCUCAGGCUCUUUGAUGACAUUCCAAUGAUCAGGCAUACAUAUAAUUAUGGAUUAGGAAAACAUGAGUCAUCCAAAGUAGCUGCAACAUUGGGGGUGUUAGCUAAUAUGGUUGAUCAAGUGUUCUUGCCAGUUGAGAAAGCUUGCUGGUUACAUGAACUUGGCAUAUUGAAGUUGUCUACGGAAACGGCUGACAAACUUGAGGUGUUCAGCACAGCACUGUGGGCUGCUAGCCUUUAUAUAUCAUUAAUACAAACUAUCCAAUCAGUACAACACUUAUGGUGGAGCAAAGAUUGUCUAGAAAAAUCAGAAGGUGGCAGUGAUGUUAAACAAAAGCUAGAUAUACGGCUUGUGCUACAAAUGGUUACAGCUAGCAAGCUAUGUUUAGAUAUUACACACGCAGUCAGUUGUCUUCCAUCAGGGUGUCUAUGGGGGGAGAAAAUUGGUGCCACUAAAAUAGCAGCAAUAGCGACUACCUCAUCUGUUAUAGGUAUUGCAAUGUACUUUGCAAAGAAACGGUUAUUAAAGUAAUUGAUACUUGC